AUGUCAGCUGGUAUUGGCUCUAGUGAUCUGCAAUAUAUUUUCCUCCUUAGGUUUUUUGUCAACUUCCCAUCAGCCAAACAGUACUUCAGCCAGUUCCAGGACAUGGAGGAUCCAGAGGAGAUGGAGCGAAGCAGCCAACUUCGACACCAUGCCCGCAGAGUGAUGAAUGCCAUCAAUACUGUGGUGGAGAACCUCCAUGAUCCAGAGAAAGUGUCGUCAGUGUUGGCCCUGGUGGGAAAGGCCCAUGCUAUCAAACACAAGGUGGAACCCAUGUACUUCAAGAUCCUGAGUGGUGUGAUGCUGGAGGUGUUGGCUGAAGAUUUCCCAGAGUUCUUUACGGCUGAGGUGCAGAUGGUGUGGACCAAACUGAUGGGGGCGGUGUACUGGCAUGUGACAGGUGCCUACACAGAGGUGGGCUGGCUCCAGGUCUCCAGCUCAGCCGUGUGAACAGUUUGGAGGAAGAGGGGGUUUCAAUUGCAAGGAGUUCUGUGAUAAUGGUUUCACAGACAUGGAUGAGAUUAACGUGGUAAUCCGUGCAACUAUGUACUUUAUUUUGGUGA